AUGCAUGCGCCAUCAGGACAGCCUGGUGGUGGGAAUAUGGGCGGCCAGCCAAGACCACUCGUGCAGCAGAGCAACCAGGUUGUGAAGCGUAUGGCUUUAUUAGGAGUUCAGGGGAAGCAGCUCGAGCAUCCGGAGUUGCGCCGGGAGAUUGUGAAGGAACCAAGUAUUACUUAUCUUGCGUUCACCGUCGACCGCCUACUGGACCACAUACUCACCACCGCCUGUCACUCUGCCGACGAGGAUGACCCGGACAGCGUAGGACCCGUUAUCGAAACGCUCUGUGCCCAACUCACCCAAGACGUCAAUAAACUACCGCCUUUGCCUACCCUCAUGCAACUUCCAGACUCAUUCGUGCCACCCAAGAAAUAG